AUGUCAUCGAAGUCUCAGCUUCCGGGCCUGCCGGGUUAUAACCCCAACAAUCUCCAGCCAUGGAUGAUCCAAGUUGUUGUUUCCAUGACCGUGCUGGCCCUUGCCUCUGUCGUAUUGCGGCUCGUCAGUCGGCGAUUCAAGGGUCAAGAGCUGUGGUGGGAUGAUUGGAUGAUCAUUUUCUCGAUGGGCUGGAACCUUGCCGUUGUUGGAUUCAUUUUUGCCAUGCACUCUUGCGGUAUGGGCAUCCACGCCGACCUCGUGGACCUCGAGGAUAUUGUCAUGAUGGCCAAAUGGCUUGUCGUAGCUGAAGUUCUCUACGCCUGGAACCUCGGCUGGACCAAGCUGAGUCUAUUGCUGAUGUACUACCGCAUCUUCCGCGUUCCCUACUUCAAGAGGAUGGCAUGGGGAGUCGGCGCGUUUGUCAUGGCGUGGGUAGUCUGCAUCACUUUCCUCUUCAUCUUCAUCUGCGUCCCGGUCGAGAAGCUCUGGUACCCGCAUCUUCCCGGACGAUGCAUCAACCAGGUCGGCACAUGGAUCGCCAACGCGGCUUCGACCAUCUUCACCGAUCUUGUCAUCCUUCUCAUGCCGAUUCCGCCCAUCUGGAAACUCCAACUGAAGCAGAUCGAAAAGAUUGGUCUCACUUUCGCAUUCAGCUUGGGAUUCUUUGUUGUAUUCGCGUCUGCAUACCGCACCAGUGUGCUUUUCACCUACUCCGCCACCGACCCAACCUACACACUGGCUCCAACGGUCGGCUGGACAGCAAUCGAAAUGUCGGCGGGUAUCGUUUCCGCUUGCCUCCCUACCCUUCGACCGGUCAUGAUGUUUUUUGCACGAUCCUUGGGCAUCAAGGGCAGCCUCAGCGACGCUUUCUCGAGGGGCGCGUCGUCCAUGGGUCUGCGCUCCAAGAAGACUGGAAACUUCAGCGAGCGCCUCUCGUCCCGUGAGGACUUUGCGAACAAGUCCGCCGCCACCUCGGAACGAUCAAACAAAGACGAACAUUCCCGACGGGCCUCCGACGACAAUGAGUCCCGAUUUACGAGCGAGGAGUUGGGCGCGACCAUGGUGUCACCUAGUGAUGCCGCCCUGAGGCCUGAUGUCAAGGGGUACGGUUUCACCGUCACAAGCACACCCAAGGCAGAUCGCUGUGACGAUGACGCCGACGACAUCCCACUUCACAGCAUCCGUGUCGAUACAAAGUUCAAGAGAUCGACCACUCAAGCUUAG